AUGGACAGUGCGAGCAAGCGAUUGGAGCUGCUGAUGACGCAAACCAAGGCCUUAGAACUAGCCGCGUCCACAACUAACUUGCAUUUUAUCGACGAAAGUGACGUGCAGCCGUCAAGCACCAGCUCAUAUUCGCACACCAGGGCCAGCUCUCGCGACACGUCCGAGUUGGCGUCUGAAAUCCAGCACCCCCUGAAGAGAAAACGGAAGGACGAGCCUAGCCUUUCCGUCGAGCCUGUGACUGCAACAGCGAAUGCUCUCCUGGAGCAACUUAGCUCUACGAGCGUCCCCGACGACGAGGUCUCGUCCUAUCUUGCGCUGACCAAUAUUAGAAACCAACCCAUAGCCCCACGCGGCGAGAACGUCUCCCGGGCGUGGGCGAUGUGUGUAAACUUUGCCCGCCGCUCGAGUCAAAAAAUCAAAUAUGGCCGUUUUCUCCGUUUCUUGUCGCUUUGCUUCUUUUUGAUAUGGGAGAAGUACUCCGACAAACAGGGAAAAAGUGCGGCUCGCGAGGUAAAUGCUAAAAUGCGAGAGGCCGGCUUCAGUGGCCACUCAAGAGGCCUCAAGACAAUGCGUGAUGAGACAACUCUGAUCAAUAGGAUGGUUGCUUCUAUCCAGGAGUCCUGUGGCUCUAAACAGGCUGGUACUCUAUACCACGUUGUAUUUGAACCUUCGAACUAUCAGCUCAUCCGAACGAUCAACCGGUUAGGCAACGAGAAGAAGUCGAGUAUCCUGGAGUACAUGUGCCAAAAUGUUCAGCUUGAAUCUCUUUCAUCCUACCACACGUCAACCACAUGCGUGCAAAGCAUUAUCCAGCAAUAUCUUCCUAAUUUGUCGGCCGACGCAAUUAGCAAAGCAAUUGGAUACGAGCCCAUUGGUAAGACUCGCCUCAUGGACAUAGAAGGUCCCACCAGGUCCCAGAACAGUGUGUAUGGCGCCAAUUCCCAGUGCUUAGAGGACAGCCGACCAUUUACACUGCGAAACGGCCCGUCCAUCGACGGCGAUACCCUGUUCGGCGGAUUCAACCCUCGCAUGUUAGAUGCAGACAGCACUGGGGGUAUGACAGGUGAAUUGGACAUGCUGCAAAACGACGGGAGUCCAUCCACCUUGUUCCCUACCGAUAUGGAUGGCUUGGAAUUUGGAUUUCCGUUUGACAUGGACAUGGGCGACAUGGGCGGGGACAUGAAUGGUCUCACAGAAGCCGAACACAUUGACUAUAUCCCGUCCUGA